GGAGCCAACACAAACCCUUUGUAUCUGUGCAUGAAAAAGCAACUGAUAAAAUGUAUUUGCUUAUUGAUAUUUAAAAGAUAGAAAGAUGACGCUGUAAACGACUUCAACACUCAGUCUCCAGGGGAAAUAUUAGAUAGGAGCAACUCCAAACUUGACGUUCAUGCAUGCAAGAGUGAACCAUCAAAUUCAUCAUUUGCCAAACAUGGAUCACAAUCUGACUAUUGUACUCUUUGGAAAUUCUGAGGCAGUCCAGUAUGGGCAUGAUAAUAUGUUACUUGGACAAGAACUUUAUUUUGAAAAUGCAGAAAUAUCCAAGACUGAUCCUGUACAGGUGAAGAUAUCAAAAAAUCACAUGUCAGUGAUUAACAUGAUUGGCUUACAUGAGACUGAAUGUCACCGUGCCAUUGUGGAUUACAUUGGUCAACUAGUAAAUAAAAAUAAGAUCCACAGCUUCAUUUUUGUUGUGCGACUUGGCCAGUUAACAGAUGCUGAUAAGAUGGGCAUUGAAUGGCUCAAGGAAGUGUUUGGUGACAGAGUUACUCAGUUUGUGAUAAUUCUCUUCACCUAUGAGCAACAGGAAGAGAGUGAGUCUAUUAUUGAUGAUCUAAAGAGCAACACUGUUCUGGAACAUUUGUAUGAGAAAUGUGGAGGAAGAUAUUAUAUCUGCAACAAAUUCAUGAAUAACCAAUCAGAAAUGAGACAACUGAUCAAAGGGAUUGAAAAUCUGUUUUUUGACAAUAAACUGCAAGGCUACACCAGUGAGAUGUACAGCACAGAGUUAAAAAAGAGAGGAGAACAGCGAAACAUCAAAAAUCCAAAAAGUAAGUACAUAGAUUUGGUUUGCUGA